GGCAAGCGCGGCGCGGAGUGUUUCUGGACUGCACGGGACUAGGGCAGAAGCGGCGUCUGGCUGGCUGAGUGGUCGCUGCUGGCUGAAGCGUAGUAAGCGUUGAAGAAGAGUCGGUGGGUUUGGGCACUGUGGUUAGUUUUAAGGAAAUGUUUCUAUGGUGGUGCCCCUCUCGGAGCACACCUACCUGUGGAGAGAUGGGUGAGGCACCAGAUUCAGGGCCGCGGGAAGCAAGGUCCGGGUUCUGAUAGCCGGAUGAGGAAUUAUACCACGUCUGUACAGGCGGGAAGCGGACUCAGCCUCACUGAAGGGCGCGAGGGCCAAGCGAGGAUGAAGAGGCUGGCUGCAGAGGUAUGGAGGUCCACAGCAAGUCUUGUGCCGGCUCAAGUCCUUCGUCUCCAUCCCAGGAGUGCUCAGCCAUCUCAGUGUCCAAAGAGCUACUGACUGUUGGUAAUGGCCAAGGAGGUAUAUGGGACAAGUUACUCAUCAACUCCAAGCCUAAUUCCAGAAAAUCCUCUGCUCUUCAAACAGUUCGGAUAGAGAGGAGUCCAUUACUAGACCAAGUUCAGAACUUUCUCCCACAGAUGGCCCGGGCAAAUGAAAAGCUCAGAAAAGAAAUGGAAGCCACUCCCCCUGAACAUUUCAAUAUUGAAAAUAUUGACAGGACCCUGGGCAAAGUUAUACAAAUGGAUGUGGUCUUAUUUGAGAUGAAUCAGGCAGAUUCAAAAGAAAAGGAUAGUUCAGGAGAGAGUUCCCAAGAUAGUUCAGAGGACAGUUCAGAGUCUGAGGACGGGGAUGACAGGGUCACCAUGGAUAAUAUUAAACUUCCUAAUUCAGAAGGUGGAAAAGGCAAGAUUGAAGUUUUGGACAGUCCUGCAACUAAAAACAAGGAACAGUGAAAUAAAUGAUUUUAAAAGAAACAGGUGAUACAUACCUGCUAAUUCUGUGAAAAAGAAUGUGGUUGUGGGUGUUUUUCAUAUCUCGUACCUAUGGUGCUUUUAGUGUUAAAAGAAAAACCAGACAAAUUAACAAUUUAAGCAAAGAGCAAUUCAUGAAUCAGGCAGCACUCAAACUGUAAAGGGGUUCAGAGAGUUCUGUGAGGGCAGCAUACUUAUGUAGCUGACCACAGACAAAGUAUAGAAAUAACUUUGAUGAGUUACAGUGAGCCUUUGCUUUGGUUGGACAUGGUCUUAUCCAUUAGGAGCCUGGGAUUGGCUGAAGCUCAGCUGUUUGUAUUUGGCUGAAACCCAGUUAUUUGUUACAAAAAUACACUCCUUUUUCAGCUGUUAAAGAUUUUUUUUGUGAGUCAAGUUAUGCACUGUGAUUAUACUUUCUUUUCUAAGUUAUAGGGUGACUAGUUAACAACUAGUUAUUUCAAAAUAACUAGAAGAUUUUGAAUGUUUUGCUGCAAAGAAAUGACGUUUGAAGUGAUAUGUUAAUUACCCAGAUUUGCUUAUUAUACAAUGUUUACAGCUAUCAAAACAAUACAUUGUACCCCAUAAAUGUGUAUAAUUAUGUGUCAAUCUAAGAAAAAAAUACACUCUUAAAAAAUG